GAAAGUCAAGUCACUUGUUAAAGAACGUUUAUGCGCAGUAAAGGCACUUUUUUUUUACACUUUAUGUCUGAAUUAACUACCUCUGCUCCAAAACAAUUAACACAAGAGCAAAUUGAUCGUAUUGCUGCCAACAAAGCAGCUGCUUUGGAACGACUGAAAGCAACGACCAAACGGAAGCGGGAAGAAGCAGAACGUCAAAAAAAGGAAGCACCUAAAAAAGCAAAGUGGAUCAAGUCAUUCUAUGAGUACGAUCUAAGUACUAUGGUUGACUUGAAAGGUGGUUUUAUUUUAGACGAGACAACAGAAGAUAAAAAACUGGAAGAAAAAAAGAAAUCAUACAAGAUUGAGCCAUAUUUUCCUUCUUCAGCGGAUCCUGCUGAGAAUCCAAAAUGCAAAGAAUGUCAGUCUCUGGACUUGGAUCCUGUCUUCUUCUCUGUCUUUCAUAUUCAUUUGUGUCCUACAUGUAAAGAAAAAUAUCCCGAGAAAUACAGCUUGAUUACCAAAACAGAAGCAAAAGAAGACUACUUACUCACUGAUCCUGAAUUGAAAGACCCAGAGUUAUUGCCUCACUGGUCAAAACCAAAUCCACAUAAAAACACUUGGAAUGACAUGAUGUUGUAUGUCAGAGAAAUGGUUGAAGAAUACGCUUUUAAAAAAUGGAAUGGUCCAGAAGGUCUUGAUGCAGAAUACGAAAGAAGAAUAGCGCAAAAAAAGGAAAAGAAAGAGAAAAAAUUCAAGGAAAAACUGGCUGAUUUGAGAAGAAGAACUAUGACCACAUCAAAAGAAAGAAAAAGACAAGAAGGCCCCCAUAAGCAUGAAUUUGGGGAUGUCAACAAUCAAGAUGGUACUUCGGUCCAGAAAUGCAAGACGUGUGGUCUUGUUAUUGAAUCCGAAGAAUUUUAGUAACUGUCAAAAGGAGUUGUUGAUGCUCCUUAAGUAAUACAAUUUCCUUGCAUAUACAAUAGAAUCUACAUGUCAUUUCUUGCUAAACUUCUUACACAUAUUUACUGUAUAUAAACAUAAUUAUUCUCUC